CUGUAAGUGCUGAUGCCUUUUUUUCUGCUUCAUUUGUGAACUAAACUCGCAUUUUUGUUUCACAGUGUUUUCCGGUGUUUACUCACCUUUUACUCUACAUUUAUAUUCCUGCACAUUACAGCGGAGUGUCGUCGUGGGAAGCACAACGGACCAAAGGAGAGGAGCAUCAUGUCUGCAGAACUGGACCUGUCUCCUCCAGAGGUCCCAGAGCCCACUUUUCUAGAGAGUGUACUGCGCUAUGGUCUGUUUCUGGGUGCCAUCUUCCAGCUCAUCUGCAUCCUGGCAGUCAUCUUCCCCAUGUCCAAAGGGCACGAACAUGAGGAGAUGGAUUCUGCUGAAGGCAAAUCCACUGAACAGAUGAAGAAACCUAAAGGACCAGCACCUCAGAUUCGACAGAAACCUAAGAAAGAGAGCAAAAAGAAGCGAUAGUGUAUAUGUGUGUGCGUGUGUUACCUUGUUGUGCGAAUGGGCGUGUUAAGUAAUCAGUGAGUCAACAGUUACCAUUAUAGUUAUCUCUACAAGCAUAUGAAACACUACAGUUAUAUAACAACAAUAAAAAACGAUGUGUAAAGAAUGGGAGACACAUCAGAAUGACAUUGAACCAUUCAUCCUGUUCACAUUCAACAGCAUACAAAGAACAAGUGUCAUAGCUUUUGCUGACUGUUUAAUGCAACUGCAUAUUUUAUGUUUUUUUAUAACUCAAUGUUGAUUGAUUGUUUGAAUUGAAAUUGGAAAAUAAAUGCAAUGUGUUCACCUUAA